AUGCCGCCCUCCUCUAAAAUCCGAUCGCUCUCUACGAAAACCGUUUUUCGCGCAAAGUCGACCAAUGCGCUAUCCGACUUGGUCGGUGGCUCAAAGGCGUCGAGGUUGUCGCGCUUUACGGACGAAUCCGACACUUCUUUCAAUACUCUGCGUGACCCCAGAACCGCAAGUACAACCGAUUUAUCUCAGACCGCGACUUCUUCUCCACGGCAUCCAGACUUGAGCAACGAAGUGGCCGCUCUCAGUGAGAAGCUGAUCCAAGCAAUCAAUAAUCAGACUACUCUUGACGAUACCCUAGCAGCAACUCGCCAGGAGCUUGAAGUAUCGCGUCAGAGAAUUCUCCAGCUCGAGGAAGAAAAUAGGAAUCAUCAGAAUGAUGUCUCUAGCGGGGUGUUGGUCAGACGAGACAAGGUAGACUCCGAAAAUAUGGAGAUAAAGCAAGAAUUGGAACUUGAGCGAACUCGCCGAACUACUAUUGAAAAAGAGAAGAAGGGAAUGGAGCAAGAACUUGCUGAUUUAACAGCAGCGUUGUUUGAGGAGGCCAAUAAAAUGGUAGCGGCAGCAAAGAAAGACCGUGAAGCAGUGGAAAAAAGAAAUGAGCAGCUACAGGCACAGAUCAAAGAUACCGAAACCUUGCUUGCAUCACACCAAGAACAACUUGCUGAGCUCAAACUAGUGAUGCAGGACAUGAACCACGAUUGUAGUGACAUCAGGACAUGUCCUUCCACAGCGCCCGUUUCGCCAAUUGCAGCCCAAUCGCAAGGCAACUUGAACAGACUUCUAGAAGCCAUGAAUUUGUCGCCCGUGACCCCUGGUACUGGAGAUAUUUCGCCAGCUCCCUCAACCAGCUUCUCUCAUCUUAUAAAAUCAGUGUGCCGCAUUGAUAUUCAGGCUUAUGAAGAUUUUCAUGCUUUGUUGCGUCAGUCUUCGAGCUCAAAGCCGCCCAGCAGAGCUGUAAGUGGCUCUUAUUCUGGUUUAAAUGUCAUUGGCCUUGGAAGCCUGACUGGCAACAACACUUCCCCACAACACCAGUACCGCUCGAGUGCCCCCGCAAAUCCAGCCGCAAGUUCGGCGACUAGUUCGUUACCUAACGGGAACUCCUCUACGCGCAAUACCUCGUCAUAUUCACAUUUGAAGGAAACAAAAUUUUUUAAACGCGUAUUGAUAGAAGAUAUCGAACCGACUCUGCGGCUUGACAUCGCUCCCGGAAUUUCAUGGUUAACUAGACGAUCCCUUAUUAGCAGCAUAUGUGAUGGAAGCUUGAUUAUUGAACCCAUGCCAUCCGUUGACACCAAAUACUCACCAGCCUGUGCACUAUGUGGUGAGAGGAGGGAUGGUGACGCACAUUCACGAAUGCAUCGUUUUCGAACAUCUGAUAAUGACUCGGCACAGCGACACCCGCUUUGCGUUCUUUGCCUUGAAAAGAUGCGGUCAUGCUGUGAUUUUGUUGGCUAUCUAAGGCUCAUUAUUGGUGGCCAUGUCCGCAUUGGAGAUGAAGAGGAGGAAAAGGAAGCAUGGGAGGAAACUGUUCGUUUAAGAGAGCGGAUGUUUUGGUCGCGAAUUGGUGGUGGCGUCAUUCCUGCAUUUAUUCACACAGACGCUUCAACAAACGAUUCGGCAAUGCAGAAUCACGACCCAUCCAUGCUUACUAAAUUCAAUGGUUCCAUUGAUCAAAAGAUACAUGCACCUAAAAAGCAAGAGGAAGCUGUGUCGAGUAAUGUUGGAUGCUCAGUGGAAAACGCCCCUACCAACCCAAAAAAAUGCUCAGAGCAAAUCCCCACGGACAAGCACGAUGCCGAUGAUAGCGACGAUGGCACACUUAAUGAAAGCAAUGUUGAUAAAGUUAAUGACGAUGACGCCUUUAUUGCAAAGGAUACUUCGAACUCGGCAACAUCAGAUUCUGGUAACCCGGCCACGGCAACUUCAAAAUGUGUUAAUGGCAUCGAACCCAAGCUGAAGGUGACAAUACCGACAGUUUUUGAACUCUAA